CCCAAUAGGGGGAGCAGCUCCAACGCGCGUCCCCGGUGCUUAUUUGGGCCACAGGGAUAAGUUCAGCUAGGGCCAGACAUGCCCUGUGGUGGGGGCGCGGCUCGGGUAGUAAAUGUCUAGGUGUUUUUUUUGGCGUUGGAGCACUUGGAUCCUGCCUCUCUGAAUGGUUGUGGGAACCUAGGACUGACGGUCCUCUUUCUCGUAUUCCUGCCUUCCCAUGUAGAACAGGAGAGGAACUCUGGGCUCUUGACAGUCCACUUUCAGGUCUCCCUCUCCUCGAGAUGUGCUCUCGGAACGUGAGAGAUGGCGGAAUAAUGCAGUGCUUACAAGUGGUACUGUCACUUUCAGUCACAUUUUAUUGUCCAAGGCAAUCAUGAGUCCAAACCCAAUGUCAGGGGCAGAGAAUUAUACAGAGAAACAAAUAAUUGGGAAUGAUGACAUAAAAUCUACCACAAAGGCCUGCAGACUUGAGGGCCUACAGGCCGGAAAGGAAUGAGGUCCUAGCUCCAGGGAAACAAGAUGGGCUUUGACAAGUAAGUUUCGGAGAAGUCGCUGCAGGCAGCAGAAAUUGAUCUUGAGAUGAGAUAACUUUGACUGGGCCCUCUGGCAGAAUUUCAAGGCGAACACUGGGGUGCCUCUGGGGCCAUGACGUUGCCUGAUCCUUCUGUCAGGGGAGAGCAGGACUGGGAGGAGAUUUUGCCUUUGGAGAACAGGGAGGAUGUCGAGACCAUGAAGACACUGACUCCAAGUCAUAAGGCAGAAGGUUUGCCUUCUAAUAAUACUGACUGGCUUCAAGAAAAGGAGGGAAAGCCCAAAAUACUGGUACCAUUUACAUUCAGGGAUGUGGCUGUGUUCUUCACGGAGGCAGAAUGGGAGAGACUGAGCGCUGAGCAGAGGAACCUGUACAGAGAAGUGAUGCUGGAGAAUUACAGGAACCUGCUUUCGUUGGCAGAACCAAAGCCAGGCAUCUACCCUUGUUCCUCCUGCCUUCUGGCCUUUUCCUGUCAGCAGUUCCUCCACCAGCAUGUUCUGCAGAUCUUCCCAGGUGUGUGUGUAGAAAAUCACUUCUAUCUAGGGGACUCUGGCCUGGGGCGUUGGGGGCAGUGGUGUUCUGCUCAAAGCUGCUGGAGUGAAAGCACAGAAGGUCAGGAGAGAGAAGGUGUCUCCAGACCCUUGUUCGUGAGGGCAGAGGAGAGCCAGCCUGCAAGGGCAUUGCCCAUCCCACCCCGAGCACAGUCGGCAGGUCCCAGAGAAGGCAACUUGGUUCCAGAAAGAGAGCCCAGCUCAGUUCACAGGCUCAACCCUGUGCAAACAGACAAAGGAGUGAAGGAAUGAGAGACCCCAAGAUAUGGAGCAACCAACUGUCGAGAAUAUGAACAAGACUGCAGCCUGAAAUUAGACUGCUUUACAAACCAGACGGCCUACCCAGGGAAGAAGCCCUAUGUCUGCAGGGAGUGUGGGUGGGGCUUUAAGGAUAAGUCAGCCCUCAUCAGACACCAUUGGACACACUCAAUGGAGAAGCCUUAUGUGUAUGGUGAGUGUGGCCGAGGCUUCAGCCAGAUGUCAACCUUCAUUAAUCACCAGAGGACACACUCCGGGGAGAAGCCAUAUGUGUGCAAGGAGUGUGAGCGAGGCUUUAGCCAGAAGUCCAACCUCAGCAGACACACGAGAACACAUUCGGAAGAGAAGCCUUAUUUGUGCAGGGAGUGUGGGCAGAGCUUUAGAAGUAAGUCAGUCCUCAUUAGCCAUCAGUGGACUCACUCCGGGGAGAAGCCCUAUGUGUGCAGUGCGUGUGGGCGAGGCUUCAGCGAGAAGUCCUCCUUCAUCAGACACCGGAGGAUACACUCCGGGGAGAAACCCUACGUGUGCCUGGAGUGUGCACGAGGCUUUAGUGAUAAGUUAACUCUCAGGAAACACCAGAGGACGCACUCGGGGGAGAAGCCUUAUGCUUGUCGGGAGUGCGGGCGAGGCUUUAGCCGGCAGUCAGACCUCAUCAAACACCAGAGGACGCACUCAGAUGAGAAGCCUUAUAUUUGCAGGGAGUGUGGGCGAGGCUUUUGUGAUAAGUCCACCCUCGUCAUACACGAGAGGACUCACUCUGGGGAGAAGCCUUACGUGUGCAAGGAGUGUGGGCGGAGCUUUAGCCGGAAAUCACUGCUCCUCCUGCACCAGAGGACACACUUAGGGGAGAAGCAUUAUGUUUGCAGGGAGUGCGGGCGAGGCUUUAGCCACAAGUCAAAUCUUACCAGACACCAGAGGACACACUGAGGGGGAGAAGCAUGGUGUAGCAGGGGUCAUGGGCAGGACUUUAGCAAUUAGUCAAACCUCAUUUUAUGCUGGAGAGGAGUGGUCUAUGUGUGCAUGUGUGUGUGGAGGGUGAGUGAAGCUUCAGAGAUGUGUUGGCCUUUGGCAGGCACUGAGGCACAUUCCAGAGGGGAGCCUUUGCCCGCAGUGUGGGUAACUGUAGCCAUAGUCAGUCCUCAGUGCACAAAGAGGAUGCAAAAAGAUGGGAGGUGUGUGUGUGCAGGGACCGUGGGGAGGCUUUAGCAAAGAGUUAGCAUUUACUGGACUCCAGCAGCCGACUUGGGAAGAAAUCAUGCGUUCAGGGAGUGUCGGCCAGCAUUGGCCGAAGAACCAACAGGAUCACUCAGGGAGGAGCUGGGUGUUUGCAGGGAGUGCGGGCAAGGUCUGAUGACCAGUCAGCCUUCACACAUGGGAGAAUCCUUGUGUGGGGACACUCUGGGGCUGCCCCAGCUGACUGCUCCUGGUGGCUCAGAGAUGAAUUCCUCACUGGACCUGCUCUCAGCCACAAGGAACUUCACCUUCCAAAGGGGCACUUCCUGGCCAACAACUGAUCAGUGUGGGGAGACAGAACCCAGCCCUUGACUCUGCUGGGACAACUUCACAGGGUCAUCCCAGAUCCCGAAGUCCCCAUUGGACUGAACCAUCUCAAACACAAUGCAGGUCAGCUUCUUCCUCUGCCCAGUAAACCACUCAGUUCUCCACCUUUUUUGUCUCCCUAGGGAGUCCACUCUUAAGAUCGCGUAAGCGCAUGAGGAGUAUGGACAAGGCUUUGGCUAUAAGUCACCCCUCAACAAACCCCAGAGCAUACAGAAUAAAAGCUCUGGGUGUGUGUGGGGAGAAUGGCUGAGGACUCAGGAGAAGCACAUCUCAGUAUGUAUCACAGGAUCACAGAACUGCUUAUUUGGGGGAAGCUUUACAAGGCAGGGAAGGAGACUGAGAAGCUUAAGCAGUAAGUUACAUCUCAUCUUGCAGCAGAGGAGCCACUCAGGGAGGCCUGUGUGGGCGGGGUUUGUGGGUGGAGCCUUAGCCCGAUGUCCCUCCUCAUGGAUCAGUUCGCUACCUCACUCACCUUGCAGAAGUCUACUUACUCCUUAUGAGAGUGAGGAUGGCAGUAACAACUAAGUAUGUUUUUUCCACUUUUUUUAAUCAGUUGGAAUUAAAAAAGUAAAAGGCUUUAUUUAAGUAAGAAUGAUCAACUUGUUUUAUUUUCAA